UGCUCAAGUGGUGCUGCUGGGGAACGACAACAAUGGAUAAAAACAUAGGGGUCAACAGAACUGCAAAGAACACCCUGGCCAAGGCGCUGUACGACAACAAGGCCGAGUGCUCGGACGAGCUGGCCUUCCGCAAGGGAGACAUCCUGACCGUGCUGGACCAGCACGUCCUUGGCAGUGAGGGCUGGUGGAAGUGCUCCCUGCAUGGCAGGCAGGGCCUGGCCCCUGCCAACCGGCUCCAGCUGCUCUCUCCCACCAUCCUGCUGCCUCCUUCCACCCGGAGCGACCCCACAGAGCUGCCAGCGGGCCAACAAAACAUCUACCAGGUUCCCUCCGGCCCCAAACCCACCGUGGUGUCGUCCACCUACGAGAAGAUGGAGGGGUGGGUCAAAUCCCCAACCAGGCUCUCUGCCACGCCUGCCCAAGCCAUAUAUCAGGUGCCAGCCUUGGCUGCACAGCUGCUCAGCGAGAGGACCAAAAGCUCCAUACACCAGCAUCUGUUUACUCUCCCGAGAGCCUGCCGGGCGUCAACGCCAAAUAUCAGGGGUGAGGUGUACGACGUUCCCUCCACGCAGCGCCGGGAGUCCCUGCUCACACGGAGCGGUGCCACUCCACCCACCACACGGAAGGGCUCCAUGCCAGUCAGACCCACUGAGAACUUCCAGGCAGAGCAGGAGCAGCUUUACAACAUCCCAUCCAGCCCAGAAAAGGCAGGAGCUGGGAUCCAGAAAGACUCACCAGCAGGCAACUUGUAUGAUGUCCCUCCCAAAAGAGAAACUGAUGCCUCAGAAAACAAAUCUCUGAAAAAGUGCUUGGGCCAUUACAAUACUUUGCCAAACCCUCGGAAGUCAGAAUGGAUUUAUGAUGUUCCAGUAUCACCUGAAAAAUCAGGAUUAAAACAGCACCCUUCUGGCCACUCCUUGGAGAACCAGGUGCUGUACGAUAUCCCCCCAGCCAGGUACAAGGUGCCAGCGACAAAUGCUGAAGCCAAAGUGGUAAAUCCACAGUUAUACAAUAUCCCACCGGCACAACGGAAAUUAACACUUCCAGAUAUCCCUCUUUAUGACGUUCCAUCCUCACGGGACGCGCUCCUUUUGGCACAGAGCAGUAGCUGUGAUGUACCCCCGACUCUCCUGGCUCCAAAGGCUGAGAGUCAGCUCUCUGAAGGGAAUGUUUAUGAUAUUCCAAAAGGUUUUCCCACCCCUGGGCAAUCCAAGAAAGAGAUGGAAAACAACAGUGACAGCUCUGGAGAACAAGCACAUGGUGCUUCUCCAAAGCUCUCCAGAGGUGCCAAAUUAGGACGAGACAUCUCAUCUGUUUCCAGUGUGGACAGCAGGAGCAGCACACUCUCCACAUCCUCCAGCUCAUCUGCUGAGUUGUUUUCUACGUCCUCACCAUCGGAAGAGCCUGGCAGAGAAAUCAAAGUGGACCUUGAAGUAGCCAUAGAGACGCUGACCAGGCUGCAGCACAGCGUGUCCAGCUCAGUUGCAAGUUUAAUGAUCUUUGUGAGCAGUAAGUGGCGAUUGCAGGAGCACCUGGAGAAGAGCAUUGAGGAAAUCCACAGAGCCGUGGAUCACAUCAAGGUGUCGCUGGGAGAAUUCCUGGCCUUUGCCCAAGCCAUAAAGGGAAAUGCCUCUCGCCUCACUGACAGCAACAUUCAGACCAGGAUUAAAAAGCAGUUAGAGAUCCUUGUGAACUCCUUCCAAAUUUUAACAGAGACAAGGGAAGCUCUAAACAACUGCAAGUGGUCACUCGAGGCCUUGGUCCUCAGGAGCCCCCAGAACAACCCAGAUGACCUGGACCGCUUCGUCAUGGUGGCCCGCACGGUUCCCGACGACAUCAAGAGGUUUGUGUCCAUCAUCAUCGCCAACGGGAAGCUGCUCUUCAGAAAGAAUGAGAGAGAACAAGAAAUAAAGCAGCCGAAAGGGAGCCCAGAGUACAAAAUGGCAAAACAAAUCCCAGUGCCAAGAAGAAUAGAAAUAGAGUCGCUCCAGAGAAACGUUCCUGACAAACCCAGCCAGAGCCGGGUGCCUUUGGAGAAACAGGAGGAAAAUGCCACUGAGGACUGUGAUUAUGUGCAGUUACAGGCACAGAAAAUCAUUUCAGGUAAAGAAGUAGCAAAGAAGAGCACAGAUUCAAAACCAAAGGCUUUGCCAACUGCCAAAAAGGCUGGAAUUCAAAGCAAGCAGGACUGUGCCAAGAAAAUCCCUCUGCCCGAGCACUGCAGGCUGUGUUUCGCUGCCCUGCACAAAGCCAUCGGGGUGUUCACCAACAGCCUGAACAACAACCAGCCCCCCGAAGUGUUCAUCUCCCACAGCAAGCUGAUCAUCAUGGUGGGGCAGAAGCUGGUGGAUUCUCUGUGCCACGAGACUCAGGAGAGGGAUGCCCGGAGCGACGUCCUCCACAGCAGCAGCCGGUUCUGCAGCCUCUUGAAGAACCUGGCUCUGGCCACCAAAAACGCUGCCAUAAAAUAUCCCAACGCGGACGCCACGAGGGAACUUCGGGAUCGGACCGAGGAGCUGUCCAAGUACACGCAGCAGUUCAGGGCAAUGAUGGAAUGAGAGAUGGAAUGUCACCGUUUUCACACAUUCUCCACUGUUGUUGCCCCUUUGGCAGCCAAAGGGGAGCGAAACUGGCUCAGUGACACCAAUUUUCAGUCACUUCAGAACUCCUGCCCAGAGUUCUCGGGGUGCUGGUGCAAUUUGAGCAGGUUAAAAUCCAGACAACAGCAGAUGCAGGAGAAGAUUUGUAGAAUUAAAUCUAUUCUUUCUUCUCCACUGUUCAGAUCCUGCCUGGAAAUGUCAGAGUGUCUGGGCAGGAACAUUUGCUGUGUAUUAGAGCAAAAUGGUUUUAUUAUCUGACUUAUUUCUUAUUUUUUAUUCUCUCUAUAGGUCAGAUAAAUGUCUUUUCCUUUUUUAUUUUUUCUAUUCAGGCAUGUACAGUCUCUCUUCAAAUUUAGCUGCACAACGUUCUGUAGCCUAUAAUCAAUUGUUUCCUGAGGAUUUUACUCAAAAUUUGUAAUUACAGUAUUUUUUUUCCAGGCAGCUGCAAAGCUAAUUUUUGGGUUUAACAUACAAAUGCAACAAAGGUAUUAUGGUACAAAAUCUGGUACUAUACAUAGCCUAGAUAUUAACGGGGAAUGCUCCAGGCUGGCACCUGAGCACGGAGGAAAACUGACUUGGAGGAGUGAUGAAUGUGCAGGGAGCACCUCAGUCAUCCUCUGUCGCAGCCUGAAGCCGUUCAGAGCAUUUCUCCAACUGAGACAGAAUUUAUUUCAGUCACUAGAUGUGCAGGGGGUUCCAAAGCUCUUCCAGCAGACUGCAAAGGUGACAUUGUUCCUUACUGAAAUACCAGCAAGACACCCAGGGGUUCGGCUGCCUUGGUCUGUGCAGCUUUUUAACCUUAUCCCCAAAUUUUCUGGGUGUGAGAUCCAAGGACAAAGAUGCCGUGACCGCGCAGGGAGAGCGCGGCUACAGCUGUGUGACUGGGAGCUUCCCUGAUUAAUUUAUUUUAACUUUUGUAUCUGUAAUUUCAACGUCUGGCCUUUCUUGGCGAUGUGUUACGGGUGUCUUUUAUUCGUGGGACAAUGAAUUUUGAGGGCAGCCGGAGCUGUCUGUGGGGAACCAGCUCCCGCUUCAGCAUCCUCCAGCUUCCCUCGGCACCCGCCGCGUUUUACACCCUUAU